GAAUUAAUGGUUCAAAUGAAGCGUUUGAUUUGUAGUAGUUAAUACUAAAACAUGAAAGCUGAGGCAUAAUUUUUUAUAUUCAACUCUCAGGCAUAUUCUGUUAUGCAUUAACUCUCAGGCAUAAUACAACAGAACAUGCCCAGGAGUUAAAUUUAAAAAAAAAUAUGCCUGAGUUUACACGUUUUAGUAUCUGCCGUUCGUAAUACUAAGAUUAAAUAAUAAUGAGUUUGCUUAUCUAUUUUAAUAUGGGUGCCAGUGGACAGUCCUUCCUGGCUGCGUUAUAUGCUAAACCUAACAACCACUAACCAGUAAAUAACUUUCAACCCUAAACUUCGAUUGCCACUAUAACUUCUAUUACCUCCUACCUAACUAUUAGUAACCUGCAACACCUCCCACCAGCUUUAUCUGUACCGUACCAGAGAAUUUAUUACUAGUGCCGUAACAUCUACUUGCGGCUAAAGAGUCUAAUUUGUCACCUUAAAAUGGCCUCUUGUCACAAUUCAAGUUAUCCAAUUGGAAGAUUAGGGAACAGCUCACCAGCUUCAUUCACACCUUCAGUAUCCAGCAAUGUUACACUCAGUCUCACCGUUUGCUACCUGCUGCUCUAUUGCUGUGUAUUUGUGUGUGUGUACAUUCAAUUGUGGCUGAUAUUGCUGUUUAACUACAAACGAAUUAGCUUUCAAAGUGUCUUUUUAUUUCUAUGCCUUAUAUGGAGUGCACUUCGAGCAACUUUGUUUUCGUUCUACUUUAAAAAUACGAUUGAAGCAAAUGAACUUUCAGGACCGAUGUAUUGGCUAUUGUAUUGCUUUCCUGUAUGUUUGCAGUUUUUCACCUUAUGCUUAUUAAAUCUGUACUUUUCACAGGUGAUGUUUAAGUCAAUGUCGAAAUAUGCUGCCCACCCAAACAAAUACAUAAUACCAUUAAGAAUAUCAAGUUUUGCAGCUUCAUUUCUAUUUCUUGGUAUGAAUAUCACUUGUGCUGUAAUUGUUAGCAACGAGGAUGUGCAUACACCAAAUUUGAUUCUAAUACGAGGGAUUGUUAUUACACGAGUUUUUGUGAAUGACUUGUUAUUCGUGGCGUGUGCCUUUUCUUUGGCAUUUAGCAUUUUUAAAAUAUCAAAAACUUGUUCUGCGAAUAUUCUUCUUGAAGCUAAGGGCACAACAGUAUGUCAAGCUACAUCUGUGGGAAUAAUCAUUGUGUUGCUUUAUUCAUCUCGUGCGGUUUACAACCUUCUUGCAAUCAGCCCUUUAAGAUGCUCAGAAUUAUCUUCAUUCAACUUUGAUUGGUACAAUGUGUCGGACCAGGCAGAUCUAGUAAACCUCCGUGACAGCUCAUAUAUUUUAUUUGGUGUUGUGCUGUUUGUUUGGGAAUUGCUGCCAACUUCAUUAUCCAUAUUUUUCUUUCGUGUUCAAAAAGUUGACGCUUUAGCGAAAAAUGGUGAAAAUGAUUUAACAAAUUGUAGUUUUAAUAAGAGAGUUUACUUCUUUGACAAUCCUUCUUGUUACGGUGAAGAUGCAAAUCAACAAAAACUGAAGGGAAAGGUUGAAGCAAUUCGAUGUUCUAUCUCUGCUGAAGCUGGUAACAAUUGAAGGAUAUUUAUAAUUGUUAAUAUUUAUAAUAUAUUUUAUUUAUAAUUUUAAUAUUGUUAACAAUAUAUGUUUAUAAACCUUAAUAUAUAUUUAUAUUAAAGUUGUACAUGCUACUUCAUAUAGAUAAGUUGUAUAAAAAAAAAUUUAUAAAGAAAAAAUGAACUUUGAUUUUAUGAUUGAAUAUUAACAUGUACUAAUAUAUAUUGAUUGUUAUGUUGCCCAGUUUUAUUGUUUGAAUCUAUCAGUGUUAAAAUGUUUUGUUGCUAUAUUUGUGUUAAAUUAAUAAUACAUUUAAAUUUAGUUAA